AUGGUCCAAGAACUAAGUCUUGUUUCAGACCCUAUUGUAUUGCAUAUUUGGUCGUGCCUUCACAAUUAUGCCUACAAUGAUGCUUUAUUUGCAGCUGAAAGAUUAUAUGCUGAAACACACAAUAGCGAAAGCCUUUAUAUACUGGCCACCAGUUUGUAUCGAAUUGGCAGGCCGAGACAAGUUAAUAAACUACUCAACUCUGUCAAUUCGUUAUCUCCUAAGAGUCGAUACUUGCUUGCAAAAUGCUACUUUGACAUUGGUUCACUUACGGAGGCCGAAGAUGCUAUACUGUUUUCUGGUCUUUCUUCUUCGUCCCUAGACGAGAUAACCAGUACUUAUGAAGAACAAUCCUGCUACGUUUUGCUACUUCUAGGGGAUAUUUGCAAACAUCAAGGAAGACUUAGUGAUGCUAUUAUUUACUACAAAAAAUGUCUCGAAAUGAAUCCUCUUAUGUGGUCUGCAUUUAAAAACCUCUGCAAUAUCGGUGAAUAUGUUGAGCCUUCCUCUGUUUUCCAGAAUCCUAACGGGCUUAAACUUACAACACCUGUGUAUGCCGUUAUGCUCGAUGAUCUACACAGUAAUCCGUAUGAAAGUGCUUCACGAGAAAAUGUCAACCCUCAAAACUGUGAGUCUUUUACCACUCAGGCUUUAAUGUCGUCAAAAGAUUGUGAAAGUAGUGAUCAGGAAACAUUUGUUGAUACAGAUUGUCAAUACACCAAUCAACGUCACUUUGUCUCGUUUUGCUCUAGAAGCUUCAUUGGUGAUUUGGUACCUUCUCUUAAACCUGUAGACGUUCAUACCCCAGAGAAAGUUAUACCUUCUACUUUGUCUCCGAAGGCUCCAAAACCUGUUAACCGAGUUGCACGCAAAUUAGCACAAAACGUAAACUCGCUGUCCAUGAAACCGAAUGUACCUCGUUUUGGUUUACUUUCUUUUUUUCCUCAAAGUCCCAUGUUCGCUUGUGUUCCCGUAUUUUCAAAAAUUUCUGAGAAUCAAACUACAUCUCCGGAAUCAAUCCUCUCGAAAGCUGUGCAGUUGCCUUCAAGUCAGUGCUUGCCUGAGUUACAGUUUACUCUUAACUCGUUGAAUAAUAGCCAAAAUGAUAUAACCUGUUUCCAAAUCCCUCGUCAGAGAAAUGAUACUUCAUGCAACAACAACACAACUAUGGGGACUAAAAGGGCCCCUAAUAUUGAUGAAUUGAGUGGAGACAGAAAUACUGCAUAUAACGUCAAAAUUAAUACAUCUGUUACCUCUUCAGAGAAAUCUAAUGCUCUCUCCGAUACACCGACCAGUGCUCUACGUCAUCUUGUCUCCACUGCAGCAUCUAAUCUUGGUUUUCUAACGCUUGAGCCAAAUGUUACUUCAACUACCACCUCUCUUGUCAGCACACCAAGUGCCCGUCUUGAGCCACCUCUUUUACGUAGCACUUCUCAACGGAAUUUGUAUCCUACGCCCGGCACCCGCCACAACCGCGAUUCUCUCUCAGUAUUGAGAUCAAAUUUGCAGUUUUUCAAUCCUGCUUCUCAAAGUCCUGGCAUGUUGACUUCUUCUUCAACACCAAGACCACUUUCGAGUCAACAAACAUCUACGGGGUGUCGAGCUGUCGAGAGCACCACUUCUGUAGACAUUUCUACAGGUGGACCUCGGACAAGGUCCCAGGUGGCAGCAGCUGCAGCUGUAGCCAGGGCUUCUGGGAUUCAGAGAAAGUCGAAUAGAUUUUUAAGAAGUCGAGGUCAGAACCGCAAGUUUGAUUCUAAAUUACUACUAUCGGACUCGACGGGAAACUCUGCAAACAUGCAAUCUAAAAUAACCAGUUCAGGUGUAUAUCCCGACUCCAGUUCCUUUAAAAGUAUACAUACUUCUACAAAUGAUGAUGCACCAGAUUUCGGAUGCAGCAAUCAUUAUAAUGCACCCUUGUCAAUCGAUGCCCCACCUAUAACAGAUGAUCCGAGAAUGCUCUCACUACAACAGUAUUUAAACUUGUUAAGUCAACUUGGCAAAGCUUAUCAGAUGUUGGUGCGACAUCAGUGGCGUUCAGCUACCCGUCUACUUUUAAAACUUCCAAGCUCUCAACUUCAUACUGGUCGUGUUUUGGCGUGGGCAGCUCGUGCUCAUAUGGAUAAUUCAGAUUAUCAAACAGCUCAUAAGUUGUUCAAUGAAGCUCGUCGUAUGGAACCAUGGCAGCUAUCUGGAAUGGACUUCUACUCGACAGUACUAUGGCAAGUCCAAGCUGAUCAGGAAUUAUCACAAUUAGCUCAUGAUUUGUUAGAACUUGAUCGUAAUGCUCCUGAACCUUGGUGUGUAGCAGGUAAUUGUUUUUCUUUGCAAGGUGAACAUGAAGCAGCUAUUAAAUUCUUUCGUCGUGCUCUUCAGGUUUCACCUACAAGUGCUUAUGCUUGGACACUUUUGGGUCAUGAACAGUCAACUCUAGAAGAGUUUGAUCGAGCACUAGCAGCUUUCCAGUUUGCCUUAAGAAUUGAUCCAAGACAUUAUAAUGCUUUGUUUGGAAUCAGUAAUGUUUAUUACAAACAAGAAAAGUUCGAUCUUGCCGAAAAUUACUUGGUUCGCGCAGUUGCACUUUUCCCUCAGUCACAUUUACUUUUGACUCAUCUUGCAGCUUUACGCAGUCGACUAGGUAGACUUGAUGAUGGUUAUGGAAGUGCAAUGGAUUUGAUUAGUCGUGCUUGUAAAAUUCAACCCAACAAUCCACUAGCUCGCUACCACAAAGCAUCUAUUUUAUAUCAUCUUGGACGCUAUUCUGAAGUAUUAUCGGAGCUUCAAAAACUUUUGGUUUUAACUCCACGUGAGGCUAUGGUUUACUUGAUGAUUGGACACACCUACAAAAAACUGGGAAAUACACCACAAGCAAUGAUUCAUUACUCAUGGGCUAUGGAGCUUGAUCCUAAGGGUGCUAACAGUCAUCUGAGAGAUAUAAUGACCAACCCACCAAUUUCAAGUCGCGGCAUAAAUCGACAAGACACUUCCGAGUCAGGGGCGCUAAAUAAUGGACUAGCCGUUACACUGGCGUACGUUUCAGAAGAUGAGCGUUCUUUCAUGCUACAUCCAAAUGCUUUUUGUAAGUUUCGAUUGCUGAGUGCACAGAAGAGCUUUCUGUCAACCACACACUUUGGGUUUGAAACAGUAGCAACCAAGGAUAAGCAAUCGAAAGUAAAUCAUGUGUUUGAGAACGUAUCCAAGAAAUAUGAUUUGAUGAAUGAUAUAAUGAGUUUUGGUGUUCACCGUUUAUGGAAAGAUUGUUUUGUAAGCCGAAUUAUACCAACAGAUAAACUAAAGUACUUAGACGUUGCAGGUGGAACAGGUGAUAUUGCCUUUAGGUUAUUUAAGUAUGCUAAGCAUAUUAAUGGAGUGCCGGAAGUCCGAAUGUGA